AUGCCUGAAUCAACCUCUGGAGUUGAUGAAGGUUAUGAAGAUAUCACAACAAGGAUGGCAUCAUUAUUAAAAGAAGAUGAUCUGAUUUUUGAAGUCCCUGAUGAUGUAGUUGAGGCUUGCGACGAUCACAAAUAUACCUUGAUCAUUACUACCAUCACAAGGAGAGAGUAUGGUCUCAACAUCUUAUACAACAUGCUCCAAAGAUCAUGGAGACCAUCAGGAUGUAUCGAGAUUUCCAGUUUUAGCCAAGCUAUAUACAAAGUCAAGUUUGAGCUAGGAUGUGAUUGCAAUAAUGUCAUUAUGAGAUCUCCAUGGGGUUUAAAUGAAGAUUUACUCCUUUUAGAAGUGUGUGAUCCUGACAAACUCCCACAUGAAUACGAGUUCCAGUAUACAGACUUCACAGUAAAAGUUCAUGGCUUAUCAAUGAGCAAUCAGAAAAUCAAAAUGGUGGAAUUUAUAGCCUCAAAGAUAGGAAUUUCUUAUCCAAUAUUAGUAUUAGAACAAGCAAAAUUCGGGAGCUUUGCGAGAGUUAGAGUGAAAAUAGAUGUCACCCAGCCAAUUAGACGAGAAUUAUCAUUCUUACUCCCGUCAAAGAAGAAAUGCACAGUGAAUCUAAGGUAUGAACGUCUCCCUAAAGUAUAUUUCUUUUGUGGGAGGUUUGGGCACAUAAUGAAGUUAUGUCCAUAA